AUGGAGCAAGACUCGCAAGUUCCGCCGCAGUUCCAUGGCCAAGCGUUUGCUUGUAUGGGUCUCGGUGAUAAUACACUUAACGACAAUCUACCUCCGCUCCAGCCCAAACCUGAAAAUGGCCGGUCCCACAUCCGACCAGCCACUGGCCUUGGCGCCUUGGAUGCUCUCUCUCUCGAGUUGCUUACUAUGAUACUCGGCGAACUCGAUCUAUAUACCUUUUUCAACUUUGGAAGCGUUAAUCGACGAGCCGCAGAUGUCGUUGAUCAGGUUCCCGUAUACAAAGACAUCACGAAACACGCUCUCUGCGCCCUCCGUGGUAUUCUUAGCAUCAAUACAGAGAGGUGGAUUACCUGCCGAACCUUGUACGAGAAACUAUUCCUGGCUGAAUGCGAGGUUUGUGGGGACUUUGCCGGUUAUCUUUAUCUCAUUACUUGCAAGCGCGUUUGCUUCAUAUGUCUUUCACGGGACAUAUCUUACCUACCUCUCACCCCUCAACAAGCCUGGAGUCAAUUUGGCUUGAGCAGUGCCAUUGUUGAUACGCUGCCUUGGAUGCGGGUCGUUCCUGGGAUUUACUCCCCUCAUGAAGUCAAGAUAGUCGAGCCUACCACCCUGGUAGAUUACAAAUCCUGCCUCGAUAAGUGUCUCGCGUUGUAUGGAUCUUUCGACGCCAUGCGCAAACAUAUGUCAGACAUGGAGACCCGCGAGCUACCAGGGGUAAAGGCAGGGGAGCUGGAAUCUGAACCUAGCAUACCCCAACCUCUACAAGCAGGGCCUAUCAAGAGGUCGGGUCGGUUCAGUCCGCGUCGAUGUGUGGCAAUCACUCGAAUGCCUUGGUUGAAUCAAGAUUCGAAACAGUUGGAAUGGGGCUUUUAUUGCCUUGGAGUUGUUUAG